AUGCUUCCGUGCUAUGUGCAAACGAGUUUCGUGACGGUCGUGCUGCUGGUGUCCAGGCUUGACCUCGUGCAGCCGUACGCCAACGGCUUCCCGUGUUCCACACAGUACACGAUGAGGCCGUUGCUGCAGCAUCGCGGAACCCCGUCCGCCCCCAGCAAAGACCCCCCGCCGUAUCUGUUCUCCAUCUUUGACUCAAAGCAAAACCCAGUCAAUAGUGUCACGCCGUUCCGACAGUUUCUGCUCCAAGCCCGCCUGGCCACUAGACAAGGAUUCGUGAUCGGCCACCUGAGGGCGGGCGAAUUUUUGGCCGACGUCAACUGGUACAAGUACGGUAUCAAGUUCCAGGAAUGCCAAACGCACGUGAACAACUCGAUCACCAACUCAAAUGACAAUCCCAAAUUCAUCAUCGAAGCCAAAUGGCACACCAUCCGCAACGAAGGGCCAAUACAGUUCGUUAUCACGAUUGUCAAGGACGCCGAUAACUACUGGGUCCAGUGGCAGCCGCCCACUGGUUUAAUAUUUCCAGAUCCAGCGGCAAGCUUCGAGAAGAAAAAUUCCAUCCACAUAAAGGUUGCGAAACAGCCGUCGCCUGAUGAGGAAAAGCAGCCGCUGGACCCGUGCAAAAACGGAGCCACCUGCCGUAACAUGCUAUCCGCCGAACAGUACGAGUGCAUCUGUACUCCACAGUGGACCGGUGCAACGUGUGAAAAGAGAAACUACUGCCACCACCAUAAGUGCAAAAAGGGCAUUUGCAUAAAUGGCGCCAAAGGCUACACGUGUCAGUGUGAUCUGAACUACGGAGGCAAAUAUUGCGACAGACAGUGCCCAAGCUCGAGGUGUCUGAACGGCGGGACGUGUGUGAUCGAUGACUCCGGUCUGCACUGCGCGUGUUUGCCCGGAUUCAGCGGGCACUCCUGCGAGCACACUAUCAACGAAUGCGCCGAAAAUCCAUGCGAAAACAAGGCGACGUGCAUCAACAACAUCGGCGGAUUUACGUGCAUCUGCCCGAUCGGCUACAUGGGUGAACGUUGUCAGCGGCCAUGCCAGGAUAUUUACGGCAGUUGCGAGUUCUGGGGAGAACAGGACCGAUGCGAGUCGAUGCGGCCAGCGACUAAGUUCUUCGACAUCAACUGCGCGGUCACCUGCAAGCAAUGCCGUUUCUCGAACCUCACAGGUAAGCGUCGAAUGACGCAGCCAAAUGCGGCUCUUGUCUUGCCAUUAAGUUUAUAUCGAAGGGUUAUGAUGUUUGGCGUUCCGUACCUCAAUUACACGUAA